AUGCUCUUUCCAGGACUUCCCUGCCUGGCGACCGAUGACGCUGCCUCGGCUCGGAGGCGGAUUGGACGCUCGCGUGGCGGGGAGGUGGAGUGGGCGGGGCUUGGGCAGGAGUUUCCCCCGGGGCUGAGCGGAGAAAGUCCCGUUUCGGAGUCUUCAGGGGGCGAAGAAGAGAAGGAUGGGGGGCUCCGGUGCUGCGCCUUUGGCCUUUUGGGGGCUCCUGCUGGGGAUGGGGGCGCUGGUGGUCUCCGCUUCGGAGGGGCUGGGCGUGGAGGAGCCUCCAGAAGCCUCCACCCCCCCACCCCACCCCACUUUCAUUUUCCACCCCCAGAACAUUUCCUGCACCAGAAGAAGGGCGAGUGCCACUUCUCCAACGGGACGCAGCGGACCCAUUACAUACAAAGGUACUUCUUCGACCGGCAGGAGCUCCUCUACUUCGACAGCGACCGAGGGAAGUACGUGGCGGUGGCUGAACUGACGGAGCCCGACGUCGAGAGAUGGAAUAAGGACAAGGAAAACCUGCGGCGCCAGAUGGCCGAGGUGGAUCGCUUCUGCCGGCACAACUACAGGAUCUUCGAGCCCUUCUCCCAGUCCCGUCGCGUCCAGCCCAAGGUGAAGAUCACCCCCACAGACAACGAUGAAUCUUCACCGCACAACACUCUGCUGAUUUGCACUGUGGGCCGCUUCUUCCCUGCGGGGAUCGAGAUCAAGUGGUUCAGGAACGGGAAGGAGGAGCCCAAAGUGUGGACCACGGACCUCAUCCGGAACGGGGACUGGACCUUCCAUAUUGAGGUGAUGCUGGAGACAAAGCCGGAACGUGGAGACGUCUACACCUGCCAGGUGGAGCACGCCAGCUUCGAAGGCCCCGUCACGGUGAAAUGGGAGCCCCAGUCGGACUCUGCCAGGAGCAAGAUGUGGACGGGGAUUGUGGGGAUUGUGCUGGGGCUGGUCUUUGGGGCCACGGGACUCGCCCUUUACCUGAAGAACAAGAAAGGGAGAGCUGUUCCCCAGCCUGCAGGACUCAUCAGUUAGACUUCCGCUGUUCCCUCGGGAUCCCGGGAUGUGGAGAACUCCUUCCUGCAAGUUGCCCUCUGCCCUUGCUCAGAGGAUGGGAGCUUUCCAUUGGUUGCUUUUUAUUACUCCUUUUUCUGGGUGUCCCUUGAGGUUUCCAUUGCUCUUUCAUUUGGCAGAUCGGCAGUUAUCAUAGCCUGGCUUAGCUUUAUUUGCACAUCUCUGUUAGAGACUCUGUGCUCUGAAUCUCCCCGGAGAAGCCUGAGCUGAACCUUAAAGCAAUGAUGA